CUUUUAUUGUACCUGUCGGAAAUAAUCACUCCGUGCUUUUGCCAUCAGGUGGAUAAGUAAGCGGUGGGGACCAAAUGACAGAAAGAAUUAACCCGACUUUUAAACUCGUGUUUGCAAAAUGGUCUUCAUCGAUGUCAAAGUUCCGCCAGCGGUGAUUGAAACGAAACCCGAGAAAGAAUGGACACCGGAACCUGAAGCAAAAGAAGUUGCAGAGAGGGAGACGUGGGGUAGUAAAGCAGAAUUUUUAUUGUCUUGUAUUGGCCUUGCGGUUGGUAUUGGAAAUGUUUGGAGAUUUCCUUACCUUGCCUAUCAAAAUGGCGGAGGUGCUUUUCUGGUAGCUUAUGUGGUUAUGUUAAUGCUGGUUGGAAAACCACAUUUCUUCGCUGAGUUGGCCAUUGGACAAUUUACAGGACUAGGUGCUGUAGGCAUAUGGAGAUGUUUUCCGAUUGCAAAAGGUAUUGGUUUUGCUAUGCUGAUUGUAUCAGCAAUGAUUGCAACGUAUUACAAUGUGAUCAUGACUUACACACUCUAUUAUAUCGCUCAAUCAUUUCGAAGUGAAGUUCCUUGGAAUCAAUGCAGAUCUUGGUGGGGCGCAAACGAAAACUGCUACGUUCGAGAAACGAAUAAUACACUUUGCCGAGAAGUAAAUGAAAAAUUAGCUGAAAGAUACGCUGACAAAUACAGUGUAGUCUCUGAAUCUUCUUCAACGGGAUUUACUAACAUAACUUGGAAUGAAAACGUGUUCGUUGUUCCUAUAGAAGAAUUCAAUAGAGCUUUUAAUACCUGCAGCAAUGCAAAUCAAACAGCAUCGGAACAAUUCUGGGAGCGAUAUGUCUUGCAGUUGACAUCUGGAAUCGAAGAUCUUGGUAUUGUGAAAUGGGAUCUUGCACUUGCUCUUUUCAUAUGCUGGAUGAUUGUUUUCUUGGGAAUCAUGAAAGGGAUCAAGUCAUCGGGAAAGGUGGUGUAUUUCACAGCAACAUUCCCAUAUGUUAUUCUCAUAACCCUUGUCAUAUAUGGAUGUACACUAUCUGGAGCAGGAACCGGGCUGAAGUAUUUCUUCAUUCCAGAAUGGGAGAAACUGCUCGAAAUAAAGGUCUGGCGAGCAGCAGUUGAGCAACUUUUGUUUUCACUUAGUCUGGGAUGUGGGUGUCUCGUAAUGUAUGCGAGCUACAAUAAAUUUGAUAGCAAAUUAUACAGAGACGCCAUUCUGAUAAGCUCCAUAGAUUUCAUCACAAGUAUCAUGGCUGGAGUGGUGAUUUUUGCAGUUCUAGGACACAUGUCUACAGAAAUGGGGCUAGAUAUUAGUAAAGUAGCAAAAGGCGGACAGGGCUUGGCUUUCGUAACAUAUCCUGAAGCUUUGGCUAGACUUCCAGUUCCACAAUUGUGGUCCGUGUUAUUCUUUUUUAUGUUGUUCUUGCUCGCAGUUGAUAGUGAAUUUUCAUACGUGGAAAAUGUGUUUACAGUUAUAUUUGAUGAAUAUCCUCAACUGAAGAAAUGGAAGGUUCCAAUAACCUUUUGUACUUGUAUUAGUUUCUUCCUUAUUGGACUUCCUUGCGUCACACAGGGAGGCCAGUAUGUUUUAAAUUUGAUGGAUACAUACGGAGGAGGCAUGGCUAGCAUUUUCAUCGCCACAAUUGAACUGACAGCUUUCAUGUGGGGCUAUGGAGCAGAUAAAUUUUCAACGGAUUUAGACUUCAUGCUGGGAUUUAGACCUGGGCGAUACUGGAGAUGGUGCUGGAAGUUCAUAUCUCCUACUGUUUUAUGGUUUGUGCUGAUAUACAGCUUGUGCACACAUACGCCUGUGAAGUACGGAGAAAACGAAUAUCCAUUGUGGGCAGAGAGAGUCGGUUGGGCAUUAGUUAUGGUAUCUGUGGUGCAAGUUCCAAUUUGGGCCAUAAUACAACUUAUUAGAUAUAGAAAAAAUAUAAAAUUGGCGUUUAAACCUCAUCCCGACUGGGGUCCAUCAAAUACAGAAACACGUCGUUUGUAUUAUCAACACAUCUCCUCCAAUUCUACAUCGGAGACGAUUCCUAAUGGAGAAGGUAUUGUCAACUUGGGCAUGGAUUCAGUUCCAGAAGAUUAUAGAUAACAAAUAAUCCAAGAAGAAAAGAUGAGAUUCUGAUGCGCAAAGGCAACUUACUAUAAACUUGAGUGAACAUUUGUGAUAAUUUCAUCAUAUCAUUUGCAAAUAUGAAGAUGAAAAAUAUUUUUCGGUGAAAUUUAAUAAUUGUGAUGUUAUAUUUAUAUAUAUAUUUGCACGCAUGUUAAUAUGAAAGAUUUUACUAGUGAGUGCUUAAUUUAAUGAGAAUUUUGAUUGAGUAUUGUUGAGAUAUUGGUGAUUGAUUGUUCAGAAGAUGAUGAGAUAUUUAAGAAAAAAAAAUCAAUUCCUUGCCUUACAAAGUUUCGAACCAUGUAAACACUCAAUAAAUUACAAUGAAAAUUCUAUACGGAUUUAUUCAAAAGAAAGAGCAAAUUUAAGAUGUUUAUUUUUAGUGAAUGGCAAUGGAUAUUUACAUACAAUAUACGUAUAGGGGAAAGUUCAAAAUUUCAUUACAUACAUUCAACAAGAGUUCCAUUAGUUAGGCGACAGAUAUUGAAUUGAUAGUCCAUUUGUUACAUCAGAUCGAAUAAUUCUGCUGCAACUAUUCGAUCAUUUCUGUGUGAUCGAAUAAUUGGAAUGGAACUAACCGCUUUAAAAAUUCGAUCACACAGAUCUUGAACAACAGCAUGCAUCAGUAUUAAGCAUAAGUUUUAUUAUUUGUUACAAAAUUCCAUGCUCUAUGUUUCUGCGGUUAUAUUCGAAAGCAAUUCAGGUAUGCUCUACAUUUUCAUCUGAUGCGCGACGACAACCUAUGCUCUUUCUUUUGCAUCUUCUAUCAUUUUCUACGAAUUUCUUGUACCAACUAUAAUUUUUUUAGUAAAGAGCCGGCUCUUUGUUCAUUUGAAAUGAUGUUACUACAGUGCAAAUAUGGAUUCACUUUUUGCUUAACUCAUCUUCUUGAGGCACUGACAUUUUGUCGUGAACAAACAACAACUCCGCUUUUACUUUGAUUUGAUUGCACAAAUAUAAAACUUUGAACUUUUAUCUAUCUAGUGAUGUAUACUAUCUGUUGUCGCUUAUAAAUAUAUAUAUUUUUUAAAUCUGCUCUUUCUUUUUGUAUAACCCUAUAUAAGGUUUAUCAUAUUUUACUUAUUUAAACUUUUCAAACUUUAUGAAUAUCGUUAUGAAAAAAUCCAUAGAUAUUUCCUCUGUUACCAAUACUGAGAUGAAAAGGAUUAAAAGGAAUAUUUUGAGGAAAUUACCUAGCUAUCCCCUAAAUUGCGAGAUGAAAUGUAUUAAAAGCAACAUUUUGAGGAAAUUCCCUAGAUAUUUCCAAUACUGAGAUGAAAAGUAUUAAAAGCAAUAUUUUGAGGAAACAAAAAACUAGGUUAAAUUGACACAAUAAUAUCUGAAAUGCCUUUUUAUUCUACUGAAACUCUAAUGAUCUUACCAUUUAUAAUAAAUGAAGAAUAAAGGACGAGAUAUAUUUUAUUACAAAAAUGAUUUAUAAUGAUAUCAAAGAAAAGUUUUGUAAAAUUAUUAUAUACAUAAUCAUGCACAACAUGUUAUUGAGUUUUAUGAAUGCUUUUAACUCGUUUUAAUUUUACAUUUUUUUUAUUAAAAGCAUAAAUGUUAUUUUAAUGGCUUCCAUUUUUUUAUAAAAACAUAUCUAACUAUUCACAAUGCCAAGUAAUAUUCUUUUCUUAGUUACAUGAAUUAUAAUUUUUAUAAAAGAAAAUCAUUUUAUCAUUUUACAUUAUAUAAAAGACAUUAUAUUUCAUCAUUAUAUAAAAGAUUCGAUCUCUUCGUGCUUUUUAUUGUACCUUGUAUAUUGAUAAAUGUGUUUCUAAAUUAUAAUAAGUGAAUACACCUAUGUUUUAUGUAAUCAAUUGUAUUAAUAUUUUUGUCUAUGAGAUAAUUUAUUUUUAUAUAAAUCAAUUCCUUUUUAUGAUCUAGCCAUAUAAAUUUUAAAAUUUCAUGGUGUAUGUUAAAUCCGUCGGGGCCAAAACGUCCUCCCUCUGACGUGGUGUGGGAGUUUGGAGGGGGGGGCAGCUCACGUGUCUGCCUCGUCAUCUGAUGGUGGUACAAAAUUACGACUUACGUCCCGUAAUAGCCAUAGUGUUGCUUUAAAAAAAAGGGACGUUAAUAUAACUAAACUAAGCUGUAAAAUUUCAUAAAAUCUCUUAUUUUACUAUUUAAUAUAUUUAGAACAAACUGUGGUAAAAAAAAGGAAAAAUUUUCUUUGAUUAUAAAUCUAGAAACUAAAUUUAUUUUUUAAAUGGUUUUACAAACAAUUUUUCAUAUGAUCGUCAAUAAUUUAAAUUUAGUCAUGGCUGGUGAAGUUUUUAAUUUUGUAUUGUAAAGCUUUAUUUUUAUGAAUGUGGGAUUUUCUGAAAUAAAAUGGUUUCAAAUA